CGUUCAUAUCAUCAGCAAAGCAUAUAGAGGAAAAUUUCGAAAAUUUAAUAUCAGCAUAUCAGGCGUAGCACACUUGAACAACAUUUCACGAUUCGAUAAAAAUAAUUUGAAUACGCUGUGAAGUAAUGGUUUAACAUGACUUUAGAAACUAAAGCUCAUUCGGUUGCGGAUUAUGUUUAUUGGUCAUCACUGAUAUCUGGUGGAGUCGCCGGGUUGGUUGUAGAUGUUGCCUUGUUUCCAAUAGAUACGAUCAAAACGCGGCUUCAAAGCGAGCGAGGUUUCAUAAGAUCCGGUGGCUUCCGCGGCAUCUAUAAGGGAUUGGCACCUGCUGCUGCCGGUAGUGCCCCAACGGCAGCUCUGUUCUUCUGCACAUAUGAUGGACUGAAAUCACAUCUGGGGGCUAUGGCAACUAAGUCACAGCAGCCAUAUGUUCACAUGGCAUCGGCAGCAUGUGCGGAAAUAGUGGCUUGUUUGAUCCGCGUACCAGUGGAAAUUGCGAAACAGCGAAGGCAAGCUCUUUCCGUUAAGUACAACACAUCAUCGUUGCAGAUACUGUACCAUGCGCUGAAAACGGAAGGCCUCCGAAGAGGGCUGUAUCGUGGAUUCGGAACCACCAUCAUGCGAGAAGUGCCAUUUUCAUUUAUACAGUUCCCACUGUGGGAAUAUUUGAAACUGAAUUGGACUUCGGUUACGGGUACUGCACAAACGCCGGUGUCGGUAGCUAUCUGCGGUGCCAUUGCCGGAGGUAUUGCAGCCGGUCUUACGACACCGCUCGACGUGGUGAAAACUAGAAUCAUGUUGGCCGACCAGAACGAAGUGAGGCAAAUCAGCGCAUUUAGGAUACUGCGAGGCAUUUAUCGAGAACGUGGAAUUCGAGGAAUCUUUGCUGGCUUCGUUCCUCGAGUGCUAUGGAUAACACUAGGAGGCGCUAUAUUUUUCGGAUUCUACGACCUUACAUCACGGAUAUUAAGUUCGGAUAAUGACAAGUAGAAAUAUCAAAUAUUAGCAAUUGUUUGAUCUUAGUCAAACCAAAGCUUAAUUUACUAUGUCAAUAGUAUGUAUCUUAAACGAAUUCAUAAUAAUAAACAAACGUAAUAAAAAAGCACUUAUCACAAAGUUUAA